AUGGCAGAGGUUAGCAACACAACAAACUGCGACCAAACUCUAGAGAUAACAUUCUGGGUCCUUAACUUAACCAUAGGUGCUGUCACCCUCUCUGGAAAUAUUAUAGUUUUGGCCGCCAUAGUAACGAACUCAACUCUCCGUCAAUAUCCGUUAAAUCAAUUUCUUGCCUCAUUAGCUGUCAGCGACAUCAUCAUGGGCGCAUGCGUCAGUCCCACUUACUCUUUGUUUUGCCUUGGGUGCCUGGAUUACCCGCUGAGCAAAUACUGCCGGCUCAUGGAGGGUCCAAAAGACAUUGCUCUCAGCUCCAGUAGCCUUAAUUUACUUGUUAUUUCAUGUGAUCGCUACUUAGCAGUUUACUGGCCUCUUCGGUACCAGACAAUCAUGACUUCUCGGAGAGUUGUCCUACUUUUUUGUCUCUCAUGGGGGGUGGCCUUGACAGUUGCUGGAAUCCGCCACGUUUGGACGCACACGAAGCAAGGAGCUGAAUUAGAUCACAUCGACAGCGUCUACAACAUAUGGCUUAUCACCUUGUUUGUCGUUAUCCCUUGCAUAAUUAUCACUAUAAUCAAUAUAAAAAUCACGCUGGCCAUCAGAAAACAAGUACAGCGUAUGCAGGAUAUUGCUCUUGAAAUUGCGCAUGCCCAAAAUGAGAACGAGGCUAAUAGCCCGGAUGAAAGUCAAGUUGAGGUACUACGAAACCGAAAAGGAACUUUUGCUUGUGUUUUAGUCGUCAUGGUGUUUGUAGUAUGCUGGAUUCCACGGGUAAUUUUUAACUUUCAGUACCGUACAAAAGGUAAUCUUGCUGCGGUAAACACGCUAGUCCAGAAACUUUCAAUGUUUUUCUUAAUAGCACAGUCAUCUGUGAAUCCAUUUAUUUAUUCCUUCUGUCGAGCUGAUUUUCAAAGGGCUGCUGCCAAGAUUUUAAAAUGUAAUAGCCACUGA